AUGUCAGGCUCGAAGAUUGUGAUUACAGGUAGACACGUCUUCUUUGCAUCUGAGAAACCUCAUACUGAAGAACAACCAGGAGCAUCCGGUGUUCUUGGUACUGCGGUUCAUAAGGCAUUCGAGAAAGCACUGCGAUAUGAGGUUGUGGGCUUGAAGAAUAAAAGCACCGCUAGCCAUCUAGUGCAGCUAGAUUUGACAGAUAGGGAAGCGACUAAGCAGAAGUUAGAGGAAAUUAAACCCACUUGGGUGAUCCAUUGCGCUGCUGAAAGACGACCUGAUGUUGCCGAGAAGGAUCAAGUCGGAACUCAACUUCUGAAUGUCGGAGUGCCAGGGUACCUUGCUGAACUCGCGAGGGCCAUGAACUUUACACUCGUGUAUAUCUCUACUGACUAUGUCUUCGAUGGAAGAUCGCCACCCCCUGGCGGGUACAUACCAGAAUCACCUACUAACCCACUUCAGAUUUAUGGUCAGACUAAACGGGAUGGUGAGAAUGCUGUGUUGCAAGCCCGGCAACAGGGUGCCAGGGCAGUUGUUCUGAGAGUUCCAGUAUUGCAAGUGACCUCCCGUCGCACUACUUCGUAUGGUCCUGCACCUAACAAUGCAGACUCAGCCGUUAAUAUCCUCGUUGAUGUUGUACGGGACCAAUCAAAGGAGUCUAACAUGGAUGACUAUGCGAUCAGGUAUCCUACCAACGUAUUGGACAUUGCAUCCUUUUUGGUCCGCUUGACGGAUCUCAGUGUCGAUGCUCUACCGCCAAUUCUCCACUACUCGGCGAACGAGUCCUUCACAAAGUACCAGAUGUGCAAAAUCUUUGCCGAUAUCAUUGGUCUCAAUGGCAUGAAUCAUAUAAAACCUGUCUCCACACCUCCAACUGGCGCUGGUGCCACAUCACGCCCUUACAACUGCCACUUAUCUACUACUGAGACAGAGAAAUUACUUCCCUUGGAAUGUACAGGAUUUAGAACGUGGUGGGAGGAAUAUUUACGCGAUGGCGGCAAGUAA